GGGGGCAGCGGUGGCGGCAGGAGAUGCCCGGGCGGCCAGCCGAGGUCCAUGUGGCGCGCUAGGUGGGACCCCGGCGUCCUGAAGGCAGAGGCGCUGGCCCUCCUGCCCUGCGGCCUGGGCAUGGCGUUCUCCCAGUCCCACGUGAUGGCUGCUCGGCGGCACCAGCACAGCCGGCUCAUCAUCGAGGUGGACGAGUACAGCUCCAACCCCACCCAGGCCUUCACUUUCUACAACAUCAACCAGGGCCGCUUCCAGCCGCCCCACGUGCAGAUGGUGGACCCGGUGCCUCACGACGCCCCCAAGCCACCCGGCUACACCCGCUUUGUCUGCGUGUCUGACACCCACUCGAGGACGGACCCGAUACAGAUGCCUUACGGCGACGUGCUCAUCCACGCCGGGGACUUCACGGAGCUGGGGCUCCCGAGCGAGGUGAAGAAAUUCAACGAGUGGCUGGGCAGCCUGCCCUACGAAUACAAGAUCGUGAUCGCAGGAAACCACGAGCUGACCUUCGACCAGGAGUUCAUGGCCGACCUUAUCAAGCAGGACUUCUACUACUUCCCGUCCGUGUCGAAGCUGAAGCCGGAGAACUACGAGAACGUGCAGUCGCUGCUGACCAACUGCAUCUACCUGCAGGACUCCGAGGUCACCGUGCGGGGCUUCCGGGUCUACGGCUCCCCGUGGCAGCCCUGGUUUUACGGCUGGGGUUUUAACCUCCCGCGGGGCCAAGCGCUGCUGGAGAAAUGGAACCUCAUUCCCGAAGGCGUAGACAUCCUGAUAACCCACGGACCGCCGCUGGGCUUCCUGGACUGGGUCCCCAAGAAGAUGCAGCGGGUGGGCUGCGUGGAGCUGCUCAACACGGUGCAGAGGCGCGUCCAGCCGCGGCUGCACGUCUUCGGCCACAUCCACGAAGGGUACGGAGUCAUGGCGGAUGGGACGACCACCUAUGUGAAUGCAUCUGUGUGCACCGUGAACUACCAGCCCGUGAACCCCCCCAUAGUCAUCGACCUCCCCACCCCCCGGAACUCCUGAUUGCCCUGCUGCCCCAGCCCUUCCCACCUGCAUCUGCGACAUGCCUGGCCGCGAGCACGGACCCCCAGCCACCCUUCCUUCCACGCAGACAACCCGCCUGGCUGCGGCCCCCAGCCCAGCAGAUGGGUUGAGGCCUUGGAAUGAAGAAAAUCGCCUCUGCCUCUUCAGCCUUCUGCAUCCGGAGUCGGGCCCUGUGGGUCCCCGUCAGGGGUUCUGUGCCCGUCACUGAUCUCCGCGUGUACAUCCCUUGUGUCCCUCGUUAAAGGACCUAAUCCACUCGCGGCCCCGCCCGCUCGGGAAAUGACUGACCCUCGUCCUGCUUGGUUGGACACCCUCAUGGGUUUGGCGAGCCACUGCUCUUGGACAGACUUUGGAAGUUCUCGCACAAAAUCUCCCUCUAAGCGAGGGGCCUGUGUGGCUGCAAGCCUCAGGGCUGGAAGGUGGGCAGGGGGGCGUCGUGGCCUGAGUGCAGGCAGCCCCUCCGCUCCUCCCAGGCCUCCGAGGGGCGAUCAGAGAAGACUCAGGAAUCCCGGCCGCGCAGGGCAGGCCCAACAGCCGCGAGCUUCAUGUCCCGUUUUCUGCCCCGGGGCAUUUUUGCCCAUGUGAACAAUGGCCUGAGCAUCCCAGGCCUCCCCCCACCCCCCACCCCCCGACCCCUGCUGGGAGCCUGGACUUGGGGGGUUUGGUCUCAGAAUGAGCCUGUUGAGGGCCCAGGACUGGCUGGAGGGUUCCCGUGCCAUGGAUGCCCCGGUCCCCCGGGGGCUGCGCUGCUCAACUCAGCAGCCCCGAGGCCCCUGUGCGGUCGUGGACACACACAGACACACACACACACCCCCGUCUUCAUCGAAUGAAGUGGAUCCCGUGUCUCUCAUCGCUGUGCUCGCAUGGGUCUGUCCCCUCAGAUUCUGUCUGCCGUGCCCACAGCUGAGGAAGGCUGAGUGGCUCACAGUCCCUCCGGGUACCCGCUGGGCCCCUGACGGGAAGGUGGCACAGAGAGCGUCCUGGCUUGGCAGUCCCACCCAGGGGACUUCUUCUUUUUAAAUCAGUGCUAGGAGUUUGGGGCUGACUCUCCGAGGGAGAAAGGACCUGGAGGCCCAGGUCGGGUGAGCCAGCGAGGCCGGAUUGGCUCGUGCAGCAUCAGAGUCUGCCUGUAUUUAAAACUGGGGUGUUUUUUUCAUCAGUUUUGUUUUUCUCCUGCAUCCGCUUUCGGUUUUUUAAAAACACGUUGCAUUCAUCGCCAUCGCUCUUUUGACACCCUCACCUUGUGCACCUGUGAGGUGAGCCUUGCUCACCUCCCCCAGCUCCGGGCCUGGGAACCAGCGUUUAAUGAGCCCUUUGCCGAUAACCAUCUCCUUUCUGGCAGUGGCUGCCAGGUGGGUACCGCUGGCCCCAUUUUCGAGAUGAGGAGAUGGUUGAGAUCAGAGAGGUGCGGUAACUUGCCUGAGGGAGGCACAGCUCAAAAGGGGCAGAGGCAGGAUUUGAGCCUCGGCCUCUGGCUUCACAGCCCCUGCUUUGCCACCACCCAAAGCCCUGCCCCGCAAGGCGAUGCAUGGUCCAAGGCUGGCUCUCUCUUUUAUAAGGGUCCUGUCCAGCACCUGUCUGCUUCAUUUCUCACAGACCCCCCUGGAGUCCUGGCAGAUCCUGUUCUCUGAGCCCAGGGCACCGUGAUCCUUCCCUGCAUGCGAGGGGCUCCUGUGGGGCCAGGGGCACUGUCCGGGGUGCGCUGUAGCAGCUCCGUGUUGGCCGAGGCCAGCUUUGUUCCACAGGCUGCAGGGCUUCAGGAAUCCCCGUUUGGCCGGGGAGGUUCCUGGCAGCCGGGGAUGUUUACAGGGUCUCUGGGGACCCCGCAGACACGAUGUGGGUGUGCAUGCACGGGUGGAGAAGAUUCCAGGCCCUUUCAAUAGCCUCUACUGAUUUUCUAUGCGGACCAAGAACUAUAAAAUUUUUUUCCUAAGGUAUCUUCAGAAUAUGGUGUAUUUUUAUGUGGAAAAGAAAAGUUAUGAAGGCAGCUGUUACCUUAAAAGAAAAUUCAUUAAAAGUCCUUGAGGUAUGAAAGAUGCCAGCGGCUCCUCAAUCAUUUCGGCGUAACUUGAUUGUGGCUGUAAUUUUUUUUUUUUUUUUUUUUUUUG